GAUUAAUCCUGCUUGAUCCAACAUGAUACCUUCAGUCACACUCAACAAUGGAGCAAAGAUGCCUAUUGUGGCCUUCGGAACAUGGAGGGCAGACCCAGGAAAGGCCACUGAGGCUGUUAAGAUGGCAAUAAGUGCUGGGUACAGGCACAUGGAUGGUGCUUUCCUGUACGAGAAUGAAAAAGAAGUUGGGGCUGGAAUUCAUGCCAUGAUUGACCAAGGAGUGGUAAAGAGGGAGGAUCUCUUUAUUGUCAGUAAGUUGUGGUGCACCUUCCACCUUCCAUCUCUCGUGAGGAAAGCCUUUGAGAAGUCACUCAGUGACCUGAAACUGGAUUACCUGGACCUGUACCUCAUGCAUUUCCCAGUGGGAGCCAAGCCAGGGGAUAACCUUUAUCCAACUGAUGAGAAUCAGCAGCUCAUUACUGAUGGCAGCACGUUUUUGGAGACCUGGGAGGCCAUGGAAAAGCUGGUGGAUGCCGGGUUGGUGAAGGCUAUUGGCAUCUCCAACUUCAACAAAGACCAGGUUGAAGAUAUACUCAACAAGCCCGGCCUCAAGUACAAGCCUGCCACCAACCAGAUUGAGUGCCACCCAUAUCUGCCCCAAGAGAAGUUGAUCAACUUUUGCAACUCAAAGGGCAUCCCAGUGACAGCUUACUCCCCCCUUGGCUCCCCUGACAGACCCUGGGUUUCACCCAAUGAUCCCUCUCUGCUGGAGGAACCAACGAUCAAGGAUAUUGCUGAGAAGUACAACAAGACUCCAGCACAGGUUCUCAUCAGGUUUCACAUCCAGAGGAACGUGGCUGUCAUUACCAAGUCGGUCACGCCCCAUCGGAUCAAGGAAAACUUCCAGGUGUUUGACUUCAACUUGAGUGAAGACGACUUGAAGGCCAUGAUGAGCCUUCCCCCGAAGAGAUUAUUCCAUUUCCUUUGGUCCAAAACACACAAAGACUACCCCUUAAACACAGAGUACUAG